GCAGCUCGUCAGUGUGUUUUCCUGCAGCACGGUGAAGAGAUCUCACCUGAGCAGGUGACUUCUCUCGAUCGGUCAUCAGUCGAGCUCACGCCGAACGCUAACCUGGAUCACCGGAAGUGUUUUUUUUGUUGUUGUAUGUUUCACUUGUUUUUUUUUUUCCCUCUCAACGCAAAGUCGGAGGAGUUUCACUUUUCACGCUUCCUGGUAUGACCUCAUCCAGCAGCCGGCCGGUCAAGGUGAUGUGAUGUCACCAUGCCUGGAUUGCCAACAGCCCCGCCCCCUCCAGAGCGCCAUGGCGAUGCCGUCCUCUCUACAGCACGAAGCAACGCUGUGUCUGCAGAAGAAGUGAGGGAGAUGGAGCUGCGUGCGGAUCCCUCAGAGUCUCCACUGGAGCCGGGCGAGGAGGAAACCCAGCGGGGGGUCGGCAGCUGGAGCCAAGAUGGAGACCUGCAGGGAUGUGGACGGCUGGAGAGGCGGUGGGUCCUCUGGCACGAGUUUAUGAAGGAACACGCCCAUCUGGACGCCUGGCUGCGAUCAGCUGAGCGGGCUGUCAGUUCCCCAAGCCCCGCCCAUGUGACCUUCGUCAAGGCCAAGGAAGAACUGAGGAAGUUUGAGAGGCUGAAGUGCGACGCCCGUUCUCUGCUCGUCCGGUUGGACGGUCUGACCCACAGGAAUCGAACCCUGACUCGGCUCUUUCAAGGCGCCAUGCGGGCUCGACUGCUGGCGUCGACGAGGGACUGCGGGCAGCGAUGGGACGAUGUGAACGCCAAACUGGAAACCAUCACGGCUCGACUGAAGCCGUUUGUCUCGGAGUGGGAGGAGUUUGAGGCAGAGAGGGAGGGGCUUGCUCUCUGGUUGGCCGACCUGGACGUGCGUCUGAGCGAGGUCGAUCACCUGACGGGGAACACGUGUGAGAAGCUGCGACGGCUUCAGUCGUUCCAGGAGUGUGUGUGCGUGAACUCGGCCCGUGUGAACGCCCUGCUGCAGCGCGGCGAGGCGUUGAUCCAGAGGAGUGAACCCGGCGACGCUCAGCACGUAGAGAGACGACUGCUGGAGCUGCUGCACGGCUGCAGCUCCGCCUACAACAACAUCGCACGCACACACACUCGACUGCUGAGCAUGAGACUGGUGUUUGAGGACGACUGGAUUCUGUCUCAGGCGACAGACUCUGGUUGUCCCUCAGAGAGUCUGUUGGAGGAAGAGGGAGCGCUGGAUAAGACCGCCCUGGACCUCCCUGCACCGUCCAACCAUCGUAAAGGUAACCCCGGACAACAUUCCUCCCCUGUACACCUCCCCCCUCCUCCUCCUCCUCCCGCUCCGUCCUCGCCCACCCAUGAGCACCUGGAGUGGGACCCCUCCGUCGAUAUCGGGCGGUCCGUCUCCCGCGACGACGCCGACUCGUCCUAUUUCAGCGUCAGCGGAGGCCUGUGUCACAGAGACGGUCUGAAGAGGCGGAGCUACCUCAGCUCCCUCGGCUCGGAGUCUGAUCUCAACAAUGACAUCACCAACCAGGAAGCAGACGUGCAUGCGGAGGGACGCCUCGACCACGCCCACCCCAGUGUCUUCUCACCAAUGCCGUUGCAGGAAGGCGGGACGUGGUUGAAAGGAGACCAGUGGUCGACCUCGACUCCUGACAGAGAAACUAGCUUUGAUGGCGGGCGUGUAAGGGCGUGGCUGGGAGAUCAAAGCCCCGCCCCUCCCGCGAGGAAGACUUCCUGUUGUAAAGCCGUGCAGACCGUCGCCGAGGUGGAGGUGGGUGAAGUCGACCGUUACUUUGAUGGAAGCCACAUUGGUGCAACCAGCAACCAACUCUGCCAUGAUUACACCCAGCAGCCUUUUCCUGCCCCCUCCCCUUCAUCCAUACAUGACCCCAAAGUUCCCUCUGACUGGCUGAAUCAACAACACGGGCCAAAUCUUCAGGUUGAAGAAGAGCAGUCCUGUUGCGAAGAAGCCGAGCGCAGUUUCUCCGAACAAAGUGUGACCUCCAGCAGCCCGGCCCCCGCCUCCUCCUCCCCCUCCCCCGCUCUCCUCUACCUCCUCCCGGCUGCCGCUCUGGUCCUCCUGGCCUGUCUGAUGUGGGUCGCCCUGGAGCCGCCGUGCCAGCGCAGCAGCAGUUUGCCUCGGAGCUUCCACCUGGCCCUCAGAUACGUCAACGGACCCCCGCCUACCUGAAGACCUUUCAGAGACUCUCACAGACAGAGUUUGAACAAAGCACUUUUUUCUCAGGAUCUCUAGGACGAAGGUUUGCAGCUCACCGUGUCAACAAGUUGCUCAUUUCAAAUUCCCCACAAAGAUUUAAAUGUUUGACAGAAAUCUGCAGAAACAUCAGGAGGAACCCCGAGAUGAUUAGAACUCGACUGAAGGUGUUUAACAUGCCUCAGCAGAAACAGAAGCUCUGUUUUCUGUGUGUUCACAUCAUUAUCAUGGAGCAUCAUCUGUGAGCUUUCAUCCAGCUACUCAUGGCCGCGCUCACGCUCCAGAAACGGACCCGGUGACGCACAGCGCAAAACCAAAACGCUGAAGUUCACAGUGCCUUUCCAAAAGUUUGCACUCUGGAACCGGUUUUCCA